CACCCUCUUUUCUUUCCGCCCUCCUCCCGCCGCCGCCUCCGUCCGUUGCAGCAGAAGCAGCUUGCGCCGCCGCCUCCAUCCUCGCAGCAGAAGCAGCGAUCCCCAUCGCCAACAGCCGAAGAAAGGCAGCAUGGAUACUCAGGUGAAGCUUGCAGUGGUGGUGAAGGUGAUGGGCCGCACUGGCUCCAGGGGUCAGGUGACCCAGGUGAGAGUCAAGUUCCUGGAUGACCAGAACCGUCUCAUCAUGAGGAACGUCAAGGGACCCGUCCGUGAGGGCGACAUCCUCACCCUGCUCGAGUCUGAGCGGGAGGCCAGGAGGCUGCGCUAAGAAGUUUCUUUACCUGUCUGUCUUGGGAAGUAAAAUGCUGUGCUGUUGCCUUCGUACUCUAUAUACUGCUUUCCUCUUUUGCCUAGGCUAUGGAGAUUUAAUGAGUUUUCUUGUGUUGCCUGAAUUAAAGUGCACUUGAUGUUGUGAGACUUGAUCAUUGUUUCGCACCUCUGGGUAAUGUUAGUCGACUAUGUUGGAUUCUAUGUUUGGGUAUAAAUUUCCAUCACUUCUGGUUGUAAA